CACAACUCUUCUCUAUCUUUUUUUUUAAAAUGUUUAAAUCCCUCUCUCUCUCUCUCUCUUGCUCGAAAGUCGAGGAGAUGGUAGUCCAGAAGUGGGGAAGUCUGGUCUGAUAGACGCCGGGAUGGAUGUCUCACCGGUGUGGUUUUGGAGUGAUACAAAAGAAAGCGGAUGGAGACAGUAAAAAGAGAAAGAGGGAUGGUACUGCUGCUUCUAUCAGAGCUCAGAAUCCUCUCACCCUCAGCUUUUCUUCAGAGAGGAGAAAAGAAUUCUAUUUUAUACUAUUCUUGUGACCCCAUUGCUUCUUCUCCUCUGCCUGCAGAGCUUCUUUAGCGCAUCCCUGUUUCCUUUUUUGGUGAAAAUUUCAACUUCUUCUUGACACAGUCUCUGUAUUGCUCCUCCUUUUACUUUUGCUUUUUUUUGUCCUCCUCUCCUCUCUCUUCUUGUUAUUUGCUUGUUCCAUGAGAAUUCAGGCUAGGCGGUUUGGAGGAAAAUGGCUGAAAAUUUUGCAAGAAGGACCCCCUCAGACCGAGGAAUCGAGCAGGGCAUCCUUGCUUUGAAGAAGGGUGCGCAUCUUCUGAAGUGUGGAAGGAGAGGAAAGCCAAAAUUCUGUCCUUUCAGGCUAUCCACAGAUGAGAAAAUUUUAAUCUGGUACUCAGGAGAGAAGGAAAAACACUUGAAGUUAAUUGCUGUGUCCAAGGUUGUUCUUGGACAGCAGACAGUAAAUUUUCUGCGCCAUUGUCAGCCAGAGAAAGAGUCUCGGUCAUUUUCACUAAUCUAUCAAAAUGGUGAACGCUCUCUUGACUUGAUUUGCAAAGACAAGGAGCAAGCUGAAUCCUGGUUUCUUGGAUUGAAGGCCUUGGUUUCGGCUUCUCAUCAUCCAAGAACUUUGGCUAACCUAAGAAAUAGCAGAGGGGCAUAUAGCUGUGUCAAUAGCCCCAUUGGCCAUGUCCGAACAAAACAUAAACUAGGAUUUUUACAGGACUCAGUGAAAUUCUCAAAGGUGCACAGUUUAUAUGGGAGCCCUUCUCAGUCACUACUAGAGAGGUAUUUUUCCGAUAGUGUGUUAAGUUCUUCAGAUGUAUUUUAUUCUCCAAAGAAAAGAACCUUAUCAGAUGUGCAACCACAUUGGGAUAGAAUGCUACCCCAUAUACCCUUUACUGUAUCAGACAGUUUCAGAGAUAUUAGCAAUUCUAACUUUGUUAAGGAACCAAGAGUGGUUUUGACUUCUAAAAUCAGCUCAUCUGACCAUGUGUUUCCUAUAGUAGAUAAAACUGAUUCCUUGAAGGAUGUGUUCAUGUGGGGAGAAGGUUUAGGAGGGAUAUUAGGCGGUAGUUUGGACACAGAUCGUUCAAAUGUUAAUGCUUUACUUCCGAAGUUAUUGGACUCCACCAGGAUGCUUGAUGUGCAAAAUAUUUCUUGUGGAGAAAGGCAUGCUGCACUGGUUACUAAACAGGGCGAAGUUUUCUGUUGGGGUGAGGAAAAUGGGGGGAGACUGGGUCACAAGGUCAAUAUGGAUGCGAAUUAUCCCAAAGUUAUUGAAUCUCUCAGUAAUGUGCAUGUACAGACAGUUGCCUGUGGAGGACAACACACAUAUGCAUUAACAAGGUCAGGUGAACUCUAUGUGUGGGGUGAUAACGAUCAUGGCUUUGGGCUUUCAGGUGACAGAAGUAGCAGAAGCCAGUGGUUUCCUCAUAGAAUAGCUGGUCCUUUAGAUGGUAUAUGUAUAUCAAGGGUUGCUUGUGGUGAGUGGCACACAGCUAUUGUAUCCUCUUCUGGACAAUUAUUCACGUAUGGGGAAGGAACCUUUGGAGUUCUUGGACAUGGAAAUCUUCAAAGUGUUUCUCAACCAAAGUCAGUCGAGUCUCUAAAAGGAUUAAGAGUAAAGUCUGUUGCAUGUGGACCAUGGCAUACAGCUGCAGUUGUGGAAAUCAUAAUAGGUAACUACAAGAGCAAUACUCCUGGUGGCAAACUUUUUACGUGGGGUGACAGUGACAAGGGGAGACUGGGUCAUGCAGAUAAGGAGAGGAAGCUUCUACCCACAUGUGUUGCAUCACUUGUGGAUUGUGAUUUUGUUCAAGUUUCUUGUGGAACAGCUCUAACUGUUGCACUCACAGUUACUGGCAUAGUUUUUACCAUGGGAAGUGCAGUAAAUGGACAAUUGGGAAAUCCUCAGGCGGAGGAUGUAUCAAUUGCAACUGUUGAAGGAUUACUUAAAAGUGAGUUUGUUAAGGAGAUCUCUUCAGGUUCUUUUCAUGUGGCAGUGUUGACAACAAAAGGAAAAGUGUAUACUUGGGGAAAGGGUGCAAGUGGACAACUUGGGUUAGGUGACACUAAAGACAGAAGCUCUCCAGCUCUUCUAGAGGCCCUGGAAAAUAGAAAUGUACAAAGUGUGGCCUGUGGAUCAAAUUUUACUGCAGCAAUCUGUUUACAUAAAUCAAUCUCAAGCAAGGACCAAUCCAUCUGCACUGGAUGCAGAAUGAUUUUUGGAUUUACAAGAAAGAAGCAUAAUUGCUAUAAUUGUGGCCUUGUAUUCUGCCAUUCCUGUAGCAGCAAGAAGGCUAUAAAUGCAGCUCUGGCACCAAAUAAAAACAAGAAAUGCCGUGUUUGUGAUCCAUGCUUUGCUCAGCUGAAAAAGCUUAUAGAUCCCGGAUUAAGUAAGGGAGUUGCAAGUCCAAGACCACUACAGAUGAUGCAUAAGCUAUACUCAGACCAGAAAAUAAGAACACAAGACAAAUUCUUUCAUGGAGUAAGCAUGUUUUAUCCUAAACCAUCGGCACCCAAGGAAAUUACACUAGCUGAUGGAAAAAUAGUACCUAUGCAAGUGGGUGAGCAAAGUUAUCAAGAUUCAUAUCUACCAUGCCAAGGCAAAACUGAGAGGUGGGGAAUGGUUCCAUGCCCGCUGCAGUUCAGUGAACAAGCUAGAGAAAAAUCUUUAAUGUCUUUCCCAAUGUCCCAAGAACUUUCUGAUGUUUCUGAUGUUCGUGCACAAUAUCACUCAUUUGCAUCAAAAUCUAUAACUCACAAUACUACCAACUUGAAGCAAGAUAUAAAUAAAAUAGAGAAGACACUAAAAGAAGAAGUGCAGCGACUUCAAACUGAGGCAAUGUUCCUUACACACCAAUGUCAAAGUAGAAGUCGGAAGCUCCAACAUUAUAAAUGUAAAAUCGAGGAAACUUGGUCACUUGCAAGGGAUGAAGCUGCAAAAUGCAAAGCAGCAAAAGAUGUAAUUAAAGUUCUGACAAAUCAGAUGAAUGCCUUGUCAGAAAAACUUUCAGCAGGAAGAAAGACAAGCAGUAUUGGAUCCAGGCUGAAUAACAUGAGCAUGUCUCACCCCGCCCAAGCAAAUUCAUCAAGGUGUGAAGUUGAGAAAUUGGUGUAUGGAGACCCUCGUCUAUCUAAUGAUUUUCAAAUUCAAGAGGGCAGGGAUAUAGAGGGCAUACGUGACAACUCUACAGCAUCCUUGAAGGUGGUAACAGGUGGGGAUGGAAAAUUCCAGCGUCAUAGUGCAAGCAAAUUAUUUGUCAAUACCCAUGUGAUAGGGACUAGUACAAGACAAUGUACUCCAAAGGCAUCGAAAGAUGAAUGGGUUGAGCAGGAUGAACCCGGUGUGUAUAUUACAUUCAUUACUCUGCCAAGUGGUCAGAAAGGUCUCAAGCGUGUAAGAUUUAGUCGGAGGCGUUUCAGUGAGAAGGAAGCGGAGAAAUGGUGGGAGGAGAAUCAGAGCAGGGUAUAUCUGAAGUACGAUAUUGAACGCAUUGUCACAUCAUCAACAAAGUAGAUAAAACAAUCUGACUUAAAUCCUUCUUCAGCAAGUAUAAGUGAUCCAUAUCGGUAUCCCCGCAUGUAGUAUGCAAAACAGAAGACUAAUUUACCACACUCUUCCUCACAGACGUUACAAUUGCACUCAUGCUGAAACCAAAAUGGAUUAUGGCACUACUGGAAAGUUAGAAGCAAGAAGACUAUGCAUUCUGUUAUCAUUUGCUGGAGAGGUUUCAUCUGCUUGGCAGCGACAUAAGGUAAGAUGUUUGCUCGAGAAGUUGUAGUCAUGCUUAUUAGAAGUUUGGUGCAGAGAAGCCUGAUCAUGUAGAAUGCUUGGACCAGCAAUUAUCUUGCCCAUCCUUAAAUGUACAGAAAUUAUAUCAAACAUGACAAAAAUCUCUCUCCGAGAGGACUUGCACACAUUACUUUGGCCAAAUGUCAGUCCUAAAAAUUAUCCUCGUUUGUUUCUUUAUUGUUUUUUGUGUGUGGUGGGAUGUGGGGGGUCAGGGUUGGGUUGUGGCAGGUUGUGGUAAAGGAAGGUAUAGCUUCAUCAAUGUAUAAUGUUGUAUGUUGUCCUACUAUAUAAUGCUUGAUGAGAAAAAUAUGGUUACAGAGGCA